AUGCCCUCACGGAACGGCAGUGUCUGCGUCCGUCUGCGUUCGCUUAGCAAGCUUGAAGACAAGGAGCGUUGUGUCUGGAAAGUCGAGGAUCACUACGUCAUCCAUACCGAUGCCGACAACGGUCGGCGAGAUGCUGACAUUCGCCGCGACACAGACGCACGGCGCUCCUCCACCUACACUGGCGAUCACGUAUUUGGACCAGAGAGCACCAACGAACAGGUCUAUAGGGAAGCUGUGGAGGCGUUAGUUCAUGACGCGGUCGAGGGCAAGAAUGUAACGAUAAUGGUAUAUGGCCAGACCGGCAGCGGUAAAACGCACACGAUGGGAACCCCCGAGGCCCCGGGUAUCAUCCAGCGGGGCCUAAUGGACAUCUUUGAGCUCAUUGCUGAAAAGGAGGACCGAGACUUUUUGCUGCGGUUCUCGUUCCUUGAGAUCUACAACGAGAACGUGACAGACCUGCUCUCCCCCGAGAAGGUUCCUAAGCCCCUGCUCAUCAAAGAAGACCGCGUGGUGGGCCCUGUGGUGCUCGGUCUGAGCGAGGAGAUCGUGACCUGCCCCGAGGACGUCCUGCGCCUGCUACGCCAAGGGGAGGCCAGGCGCCACGUGGCAGCUAGCAAGAUGAACGAGAGGAGCAACCGGUCACACACCGUGUCGCGAAUGGUUCUCGAGAGCCGUCCCGCGGGCUGCGAGGUCAGUACCAGCACGCCUGUCAUCGUGUCCAACUUGGUGUUAGUGGAUCUGGCGGGGUCGGAGAGCGUCGCUAAGACCGGCGCGGAAGGCGAACGUCUCAAGGAGAGCAGCUGCAUCAACAAGAGUCUUCUAGCGCUUGGGGAGGUGGUCUUCAAGCUUAGCGAAGGGGCGUUGGCCGCAGGCGCUCACAUUCCGUACCGUGACAGCAAGCUGACGCGGAUCCUCAAGCCCUCGCUGGGUGGCAACUGCAAGACCAUGAUCAUCUGCACCGUCAACCCUGCGGCACGGCAUACGGAGGAGAGCCACCGGACACUUCGCUUCGCCUGCCGAGCCAAGCGGGUGGUCAACACGGUGGUGGUGCAGGAGGUCAUGUCAGAAACGGCUGCAGCGAGGUGGCAGGCCAAGGCGCUCAAGGAACUCCAGCGGAGGCGCGCCGAGGGCAUGUGCGUAAGGCUGGUUGACUUUUGA